AUGUCUUUGAUUAAUUUUAAAAGUAUUGUCUCUUGUUCAAGUGAAGAUCGAAUUCACUGUGCUAAAAAUUUACUUGAACCAGAACAAUAUAAAAAAUGGUUAUCAUCUAAAGGUACUGAAGAACGUAUAAUAUGUAUUCUUGAAUUUGAAAAACCUUGUUUGAUAUCAUCUGUUGAUAUUGGUAAUAAUGGUAGUGCAUUUAUUGAAUUAUUAGUUUCUCAAUCAUCAUCAUCAAACCCUGAUGAUUGGACUGUUCUUUUACCUUCAACAGUUUUCAUGACUCCAAAUGAAUCACGUUCAAAUAAAAAUCGUAACAAAACUAAAGCUUUCAAAUCUCAUCAUUUAAAUAAAACAUGUUUAAAUGAAGAAUGGGAUCGAUUGAAAAUAAUAUGUGAACAAAAAUUUAAUCGUUCAAAUCAAUUUGGUUUAAGUUUUAUUAAACUAUAUUCAACAAUUGAGGAUAAUCAACAAACAGAAAUAUGUAAUAAAUCUUUAACUGAUGUUGUUGAUGAAGAUGAAAUGAAAAAAGAAGAAAACCAAACAGGAAAAAAAUUUAAAUCAAUAUCUAAUGAUGAUGAUGAUAAACAUGUUUCUGAUGAAUUAUCAAAUAAAAAGUUAAUAAAUGAUAAUCCAAACAAAAAAUUAAAAAAAAAAGAUGUUAAAAAUGAUAAAUCACAAAUAAUGAAAACUGUUGUUUUUGUUUUAAGUGGUUUUCAAAAUCCCUUACGAUCAGAAUUACGUAAUAAAGCAACAGCAAUGGGUGCUACUUAUAAUGAUGAUUGGAAUGAGAAUUGUACACAUCUUAUUUGUGCAUUUCAAAAUACACCAAAAUUUACACAAGUACAACAAACAGGAAAAGGUUUUAUUGUUAAUAAACAAUGGAUUAUUGAUUGUUAUAAAAAAAAUGAAUUAUUACCUGAAGAAUCUUAUGAAUUAAAAGAACUAAAUGAUAAUGAAACAAAACAACAAACACCCAAAAGAAAAUCAAGAACAAGAACAAGAAAAAGAAAAACACAAAAUGAAGACGAUACUACUGUUUCAAAAGAUGUUAAAAAAAGAACUCCUGUGAAAAGAAAGUCUACAACAACUAAAGAUCAGACAAAUAAGAAACAAUUCGAUGAAAUACCAGAUUUUUUUCAUGGAAAACAUUUUUAUGUAUCCUAUGGUGAUUAUGAUGAUAAUACACUUCUCGAUAUAACUCGAGUUAUUCUUGCUUAUGAUGGAAUUUUGGAAGGACACGUUACUUCAGAUGUUAAAUACGUUAUUACAAAUCGAAUGUGGAAUCAAGAUUUUGCAAAGAUUUCAAAAUCAAAUCCAGAUAUAAAUUUUCUUAAUCUUGAUUGGUUACAAGAUUGUCAUGAUGCAAAUCAAUUUGUACCAAUACAACCAUAUUUAAUUGUUCCUUAG